AUGCUCUCUUCUGCAGAACAAUUGAGACAAACAACAACGUCGUGGAAUAUCUCACGACUUCAAAUUGAUGCUACAAAAGAACAAGAUUUAUCAGACAAAAACGACGAAAUAUCAAUGAUCGAAGACAUGGAGUCGACCAUAUCUACACCAGAACGAUCCCCGUUUUCUACUGGAACUGACUAUGAAAUUUCUUCUGAAAUCGAAGAUUCAGCUGUUUGGCGAUCUCCAUUCUCGGUGGAAAAAGUAAAGACGUCGUCUCUCGUCCCCCGAAGAGCCAGCAAAGCCUCCAGUCAUGACCCCUGCUUUUUCAAAAGUGGCCAGCGUGCUUCCCGAUUCUCAUCUGACAACGACGACAAGAAGCCAGUCAUAAAGUUCCUUGGAUAUCACAACUCCUGA